CACGGCGCUGUGUAUACACCUUGCAUGAGAAAGGAUGCUACUAUCAUCCACGAUCUAUUGAAACAAGGAUUUUCUGUAUCUGAUCCUCUUGGAUGUUGCUACAACGAUUUAAGGAAAAUAGCAGCGACAACAACCGAGAACGAGUGUAAAUAUUUAAGUGACGACGGUGCAACAUGGGAUGUAACAAGAUGUACUUCUGUUAUAUACUCCCGUAUGAAGCACGUGCUAAAACCAUGCUGCUACGGUUUACUAGGUAAAUGCUUUCUUACUAAUGAAAUCGAAUGCCAAUUCUUGCAUGGAAGAUGGCAUCCACAUAAAGAUCACUGCAUGGAGGUGAACUGUUUUGCAUCAUUUUGUGGUUCUUUCGGAAUUACUUAUCCUGAAAAGGGAAUCUCUUUCAUACCAACCGGCAUUAGACAAAGUUGGAGAUUUAUACUACCGGUUUUCUAUCACGCGGGAUUUAUACAUUAUUUUCUGGUUUCAAUUUUGCAAUGGAUUAUCGGAAGGCCACUGGAAGAAAUGAUUGGUUGCGUUAGAAUUGGUUUAAUUUAUAUCCUGUCAUCGUUCGGUGGUAAUCUAGUAAGUAUUUUUAAGCUUUAAAUAAGAAAUUAGUUU